AUGACAAUAAUUGCACCAACUACUGGCUCUGUUUCAACUGUUAGUUCUGUAUUUAAAUAUGGUUCAAAUAGUAUUUCAAGUGGUUCUGAUUCUUGUUCUGGUUCUGGUUCUUAUGCAUAUGGUGUUUCAUAUGGUGUUCCGAAAAUAGGUGUCAGUUUAGGAUAA